AUGUAUUGUUCUGCGUUAAUUUGUCAUUAUCAAGAACUUAUCGAUUUAAUAAAACCUAUUAGACUUUAUUUGGAAAAAGAAAAGAAGAAAGUUCCCGAAGGUGAAAAAUUUAGACUUCGAAACCAAUUUUUCAAAUUAUCCGAUAAAAAGCAGCAAAAAUAUUUUCAAAAGAGCGUUGAUAAAUUUAUUGAUUUAUUGGAAGAACAUGAUAUUGAUAUUCAAACUCAGCAAGACGCUAAUUUGUUUAAUGAAUUAUUGAAUAACACAGAGAGAAAGAAGUAUUUUGAUAACUUUUUAAAUGCACCAUGUAAACCGGCACAUAAUGGAUGGGUCAUGUAUCAACAAAUAAUGAAUCAGGAAAAUGGUAGUCCAGUUGAUAAAAAAGAAGUAAACAUCAAGUGGAAACUUAUGAAUAAAGUGGAGCAAGAAAAAUAUCGAGAUUUAGCACUUCAGGCACAUAAUCAAUAUGAACAACAAGUUGCUAAUUUUGCUAAUAUAUUACCAGAACGUAUCAAGGCUGAAUAUUUAUCUUCGAUUAAAUCAACAUUAGCAACAAAUGGAUUUCCUCAGGCACGAAAACGUCGACAAUCAACCGGUUCUAUUAUUAAUGCACCAUCAACUGCAUUACCAAAACUUAAACGAUCUCGUCAAUCAGUAUCGGCUGUCGCAUCACCAAAUUUUGAUGAAUUAGACGAACAACGAGAAAACGGAUAUACACCAUCAUCGAAUAAAUUAACAAAAGAUCAACUAGUUCAAUUGCAUCAAUGUUUGCCAAGCGCAUUAUAUUAUAAUAAAAAAGUUUCUGAUGAAGAAAAACAGAAUUUUAAUGAUGGUUUAAAAGAAGCUCAACGUGCACGUUUAAUAUUUGAUAAACUGAAACCGAAUAAACGUCGAAAAUGGAUAUUAAAAGCCGGAAAAAAAUGGACUGAAUUUUUAGAAACACACACGGAUAUCAUCACAAACCAAAUUCCAACGUUACAUCUUCUACUUUCAAAACAAAGUGAUAGAUUAACAUAUUUUUAUUCAAUAGGCUUACCAGAACGUCCACCAGUUACUAAUAUGAAGUUAUAUAGUCAAGAACAUGCUGAUGAUCAAGAACAAAUAAUAUGGACGAAUAUUGACCAAAAUGUAAAAGAUAAUUAUUCGAAACGUGUAGUGCAAAUGAAAAAACAAUAUAAGAAAGAUUUAGCAUCAUUUAUUCAAGUAAAAUUGCAUGAUAAUAAAUAUUUACAAAUGGAAUUAUUUCAUAAUUUGAAAACUAUUGCUCGUGAUUACGAAUUCAUAUCAAAAAAGAAAUCAAUGACAAAACAACAAAAAAUAACAAAAUAUUAUAAAAAAGAAGAUACAGAUGAUGGUGAAUUAAACAAUCUACAUCAACGACUAUUAACAACACCACUCAACGAUGAACAAAAGAUACUUGUUCAACAAUUAUUUACAUUAGCAUUGAAAUAUAAAGAACGAAAGAACAAUAAAACACAGCAAGAUUCUAUUGAUCAUCAGAGCACCUUAGAAUCACACUUAGAAUCACCAGCUUCAUCAACACCCUUGGAACGAAUCGAUGAAAUAUCAAAUGAAGAAAAUGACAAAAUAUUGUUUGCAUCUCAUACUCCGUUGAUACAUGAUAAUCUACAUAAACAAGUGAACGUAAAAGAUGAGCAAGAUUCAGUUACUGAUGUGCCCGGUAGUCCAAUAUAUAAUUCCACGCAAUUAUCGAGCAAUGAUGGAGAUUUAAAUAUAACGCCUACAACAAACGAUAUCGAUGAAGAACAAGUACACGUAAAGAAGAGAAAACAUAAACGAAAACGUGACGAAAAUCAAGAAGAAGAAGAAAAACAACCGCAACAACAUAAUAUCCAAAUGAGAGGUGAUUUGACAAAUACACGUGGAAAGAAACCAAAAAAGACCACAGCGUAA